AUGGGCUGUCCUAUAAGUAAGGGAAUAUGUCACUGCAUUAUGUAUGCGACACAUCAUUAUAAAGGAUAUGAUGAUAGAAAAAAGCUCCCUCUCAGCGUCAAUGCUGCGACCGCCGCCCUUCAGAGAAGGCUCUAUACCAAGUUGAGGAGGACCAAGAACGCCGCCGCCCAAGUGGUCAAUAAAAAAUCAAGGCCACCCAUAAAAAUUGUGUGGACAGAGGCUAUUGCCCUGUCCAGAGGUAGUGUACCAUCCAACAGUCCACUAGAUCUGCGGCCCCAAUUCAGCAAGGUCCCCCCAUGUGAAAAGUACACCCCAUGGCCAAAACACAUCACACAGGUACAUACACCAGCUCCAUCCAGAAUAUCUGUGUCUGGGGGCUGGCAGGAAGACCCUCUUACAAAGGAGUCUGGUUUUGUUGAUCGUGAACAGAGGUCCAAUGGUCUCAGUUCCAAUGGGUCCUUAGGUGAUGACAUAGACUUGACCAAUGGCAAGCAAAAUGAUGAUGGCGGGCAGUUUGAUGACAACAAAGACCUCAGUGAUGUGUUCACUGGUGGAGAGACAUACCAUGAUUUGCACCACUUGAAGCAUGUGCGGCUGCCACCCUCAGAUGAUGAGGGUGACAGCACACAGAGUCAUAAACGGAUGCUCCUGUGGGCGAAGGAGGCCUGGAAGGAGGCAUGUAGCUGUUAUGAGAUGGAGAUGGGAUUCAAUGGCAAGAUCAUACAGAUGAUUACCCAGCACACAUCGCAUCUCACUAGUGAGGUGAAAGUGAAGGUUCGGCUGCUCAUUGAGAAUAUCUAUGGGUUUGAGUCCACCAAUCGGGAGUCCAUCAAGUGUAGGAAUCGCAAACGUGCCCAUCAGCUCAAGGAUAAAUUUGGCUUGUGUUACCGGGACCUCGGGGACAAAAAGAACAAUGUCCCUCGCAGUGGCCUCUUCCAGUCGAGGUUAAAUCAGCAAGCAGCAAAUUUACUCUGGUACUGCAACAAGGAUGAAGGAAUCGUUUUCGAGAAGUUUUUUUCGCCAUUUCCAAUGCCAGCCCUGGCCUUGGUGUACACCGCAGCCGAAUGCUGCAUCGAUGAAUGGUCUGACAGCGAACAAGUCGAUAUCAGCUUUUCGAGCGGUGAUUAUAGGGAGGUCUAUGAUAAGCAUCUCGCGAACCUCAAGAAGUUUGAUACUCGAACGAAGGAUCAUGGUACCCUUGAUGGCAUCCUGACGGAACUCAACAACAAUGGCAGGUCACAUGCAAAGGUGGAUCCAAUUGACGUCAGGGACGGAGACCGCCUUUCAGACGACGAGAUCAACAAGGCCAUCCGGGAAUACCAGCAGGGCAGUGGUGCAGAUGGUAGUGAUGAGGUGGAGUCUGACUUGGAGUCUGAGGGUGGUCAAUUUGAAGUUGAUGAAGUCGAGGCUGAGUAGAAUAACUGCAGACUAGUAUUUA